GAUGGAGCCGUGGGAUCGCCCCACGGCCGCCGUGUGCCAAGGAAGAGGCGCCUGCCGCCCUUCCCCUGCUGCUGCCUGUGAGCCGGGCCCGGGAGACGGGCGAGGAGGUUCCUCGGAGGCGGGUGCAGCGCGGCACGGCCUGGGAUCGCGGUGACUGGGUGACCGGGGGCUCCCGGGGGGUCAGUCAUCGGUGAGCAGGGCAGGAAUUGGUUUUAGGUACCUCGAUGCACUUCCAGGUCCGCUUCCCAAGGAUAUUCUCCGGCUCCCCUAGAAUCUGUCAGGUUGGAAGGGAACACAGGCAUCUACCUGGCCCAGCCUGCUCAAUCCUGCCCUGGAGCACAGGGCACAGGAUUGUGUCCUGACAGUUCUGGAGUAACUCCAGCUUCCCUGGGCAGUCUGUUCCAGUGCUCAAUCACUCGCACAGCAAACAAGUUCUUCCUCGUGUCCUGGUGGAACUGCCGCGCAUCAGUUUCUGCCCGUUGUUUCUCAUCCUGGUGGCUGGCUGCUCCAAGAAGAGCUCGGCUCCAUCCUCUGCCUGUGCAUACUUAAAUGCUUUCCUCUUUAGCCUCUGGAGCGCUGUUUUGAAGAAUGUCUGGAAGUUUCUACUUCGUGAUAGUUGGUCAUCAUGAUAAUCCCAUAUUUGAAAUGGAAUUUCUGCCUCCUGGAAAAGUAGAGUCGAAGGAUGAUCAUCGCCAUCUCAACCAGUUCAUUGCCCAUGCUGCUCUUGACCUCGUAGAUGAGAACAUGUGGCUUUCUAACAACAUGUAUUUGAAGACUGUGGACAAGUUCAACGAAUGGUUUGUUUCUGCUUUUGUCACGGCUGGACAUAUGAGAUUUAUAAUGCUUCAUGAUGUAAGGCAAGAAGAUGGAAUUAAGAACUUCUUUACUGAUGUAUAUGAGUUGUAUAUAAAGUUUGCAAUGAAUCCAUUUUAUGAACUCAAUACUCCUAUUCGAUCCACUGCCUUUGAAAGGAAGGUCCAGUUCCUCGGGAAGAAACACCUUUUAAGCUGAAUAAAUAAAUUUCCUGAGUGAGUGCUUUCUCCCUACUUUCCUGAUUGUUUGAACUGUACUUCCUCUGGUUAGUCCCCUGCAUGUUUUAUAUUCAUCUUCUGAAGACUGACUAAUUGGAUGCUGAAGCAGCUUCUUCUUUUGCUGAUAUAGAUAAGAACAGCCAAGCUUAUCUGGUUAAAAAUGUGUAUCGCAAGAAGUUUCCUUUCAUAUGGUAUGAAAACAAAGUUUUAAAGUGUCAGAGACUGCAGAGGUACAAAAGAGGAAACUGAGACAUUAUUUGUUAAUGCGUAUGCAAAGUGUAAGCCUCUGACACAGGCUGGGAGGAAAUCAGACCUAAAUGCAAAAGCUGUCGCCAAUCAUCUGGUUUAAUAUGAGCAAAACGGAAUUCUUGACUGUUUGGCCUAAGUGCUUAAUUUUAUUAUAAACCUUCCUACUUGUAUUCCUUCAGUAGAGAACUCACUCUGCAGACUAACUAGACUAACAUUAAACUUUGUGGUAGUAAAUCAAGCCUCUAUUUAUUAAUGUGUAAUUGUAUGUAUAUAAAGUGCUCAAUAAAAAAUGGAUAGAUCAGAAAAGCUGUCUCCAGUACUUCAAGAAAUUUUGAGGAAAACCCCUAAAGUUUAAAAGUGUGUAACUGCAAAUUUUCUAUGUAUUUAGUGCAAUACACAUUUAGCUGCAGUGUUGUAUCAGUAAAUGAAGUAGACCGGAACAGCCAGAUCUGCCCUGACAUUAAUUCUAAUUCACACAUGAAAAAACCCCAAACUAAAUUUACAUGUUUAAACCCAUGGUUUUUUCCUAUUAUUUCUGCAACUGCUGAAACUUCUCUUCUGUGAAUAAAUUUAGAGGAGGAUCUUUGAAGCAUGAAACCGUAUUUGUUGAGGUUUCAGAAAGGCAUCAUUUGGGCCUGUCUGGCUCCUAUUCCAUUGUAAAUGUUUUAGGAACCCUUUUGCAGAACUUAACAUCAUUCCAAACCAAUAAUUUUUAAAUAGAUCAUUUAGCAUAUAUGUACCUAAUACUUUGCUCGGGUUUACUUAAGUAAGUUUUAAGUAUUCUGUUCCUUUUUGCAGCAAAUCUUUAUAAGCUCUCUUCUUGUACCUUUUUUUUUUUAAUGUCUGAAAAGUAAUUUCCAAAGGAAGUGGCUUGCUAUUCUAAGAAGUAUUUUGCAUAGUCUUUAUAAGGGGACCACAUGUGUAUGUGCUAUAAAUGUAUAGUCAGUCAUUAUUUCUGCACUUACUGCUAAGCUGUCACUGUAAAAUGUUCCAUGAGAAAAGAACAUGAUAAAGAGGUUGCAAUAUUUGCCUUGAAUAAAACAUGGAAUGAUGUAGUA